AUGCAGAGGGUGGUGCCGGCUGCUGUGGCCGCCUGCCAUGUGGAUCCGCUGCGCUUCCUGCGCGCCGACCUGCCCUCGCUGCCCCCCCCCUUGCUGCGAGCCACUCUGCGCCUCCUCCUCGCCUUCUUCCCACCUCCUUCUCAACGCACCCUCACAUUCCCCGGGCCUGGGACUGGAGGAUCGCACAGCACGCUGCCCCUGCCUGCACCGGCUGAAGCGCCACCGGCUGGGGACGAGUCCCUCUGCACCUUUCCGCUGCACAGCCACCUGCUGCCGCUGCUGCUGCUGCGCCUCUCCCCCCCGCCCGCUGACCUCGCGCCCGAUGUUGACUGGCUCUGCACCGCUGCCAUGCUCUCCUCACAUGCAUUCCAUGCCCGCCAAUCAGAGGCUGUCAUCUGGCUUCGCUUCCUGCCCACCAUGGCGCCUGGCAGUGCUGGCAGCAGUGCGGCGGCAGCACGGGGGGUGGCGGCGUUUCUGGCGGAUGCCGUGGCGUGUGUGGCCCGCGCGCCCCUCAAGUACCUGCUCGCCCUCCCUGCCGCCUCUCCACCCCCCGCCCAUGCAUCCCACUGCCCCUCCUGCCGUGCCCGGGGCCACACCCCCAUGGGCUCCCUGGGUCCCUUCCCUGCCUGCAUUCUCACCAACUGCAUCAAAGUGCUGCAUGCAACCUCCCCCUCCCCCGCCUCCUCCUCUUCCUCCUCUUCCUCCUCCUCCUCUCUGCCAGUGCAGCUUGCCAUCGCCACCUUCACCUGCAACGCCCUCACGCACCUCAUCUCCCUUCAGCGCCCGCUCAAACCAUGUCUUGCCACGUGCAUGCUGCUGCUGCAUCCACACACUCAUUCCCUCCUUUGUCCGUUCCUGCACCCUCCUGUGUCCGUGCCUGCACCCUCCUGUGUCCGUGCCUGCACCCUCCUGUGUCCGUGCCUGCACCCGUUCUGUCCGCCUUGUCCUGCCCGCCUCUUCUCUUCUCGUUGCCGUGGCUAUCAACAGGAAUGCCCUCUCCCGCUCGCUGCUCUCAUCACUCACAUCCUCCGCCCUGCCCUGUCCUCCUCCUCUUCCACCACCACCUCCCCCUCCGCCUCGUCCUCCCCCACGCCACACGGUCGCCCCCCUCUCUCUGCGUCGCUGCUCUGCCUGCAAGCGCUGCUGGAGUCGGCCGCCUCGCUGCUUCCUGCUCAAGCUGAGGGGCAGCCCGCGGGGAGGGGAAAGAGGCCGCACAGUGCGGCUGGGGCGGGUGCUCACAGCUGCGACGCCUGUGAUGCUGGCAAGCGCGCAGCAGUGGAGGCAGCAGUGGGGGCGGCAGAGGCGGAGCAAGCGAGUGGCAGGGACGCUGCCCUCUCACACUUCACUCUCGCCCUCUCCUCUGCCCAUCCACCCUCGCUCAUCUCCCUCCUCCCUCGCCUCGCCUCGCUCGCUGCCUCCCUUCCUCCACCCGCCAUGCCUCUUCUCUCCUCCACUCUCUGUGCGCACGCCCUCCUCCCCUCGCUGCUGCCAGUGCACGCGCCUGUGCUGCUGGAAGCGAGUGUGCUGGCGCAGCAAGCACUGCUGCCUGCCGCCACCUGCCACCACCACCACAUGUCCCCCGCAGUGGCCUCACCACUGCCUCUCCUCCUCCCCCCCAUGCCCUCUUCUCCCCACCCCUCCACGAUUGCUCUCUCCCACCUCCUCCUCUCCCUGCCCUUUGCGCCUCUGCUCUCCCUGUGCGUGCGCGCCCUGCUCGCCCCCCUCAAGCUCCACCGCCGCCUCGCCUCCUGCCUUGCUGCGCUGCUGCUGGCCCGCCUGCGCCUGCCGUCGCCCCCCGUGCUGCAAGAGAGGGCCGCAGGGGCAAGCCACGCACGCCUGGGCGAAGGAAGUUUGUGGGGGGAGAGGAGGGGGGAGGUGGGGAGGGCUGUUGUGUUUGAACUGGGGCGAGUGCUUGGCGUGGGUACGGCGGGGGGCGAGCAGGUGGGGGGGGCGGAGUGGAGGCGGCGGCAGCGCUGUGUGCGUGUGUGCAUGGCGGCACUGGAGGCCACCCUCAUGCCGCCACCGCUGCCCUCGCCCUCCCACCCCGUGCACGCUGACAGCGCGUGGAGCGACGGACGGGACGAGCAGGGGCAGCAGGGUGGAAUGGAGGAUGAGAGUGCUUGGAGGAGCGGCGAGGGCGGGGUGGGGGGCAGAGCGCAGGAGCAGAGCAGGGUGUGGCGACAGGUGGGAGGAGGGGCGCUGGGCGACUGGCACUUCGACUUCAACACCAGCUGUGUCACGUGGAGGGGGGAGGGAGAUGGCGGGGGAGGAGCGGAAGGGGCUGGGGAGGAGGCAGUGCAAGAGGAGGCAGCGCAAGGGGUGGCAGUGCCAGUGAGCGUGGUGGUGGCGCUGUGGCUCUCUCGUUUCAUUGCCCUGCCGUGCCACUCCUCCCCGUCUCCCCUUGUGCAGCCCGCCCCUCCCUGUGCCUCUGCUAUUCAGCCCGCUCUUGCCCCUUCCUGUCCGCACGUCACCCGUGUCCCCUCCUCGCCCUGCCUUGCCAGCCUGGCAGCAUGGGCGGGAUGGAUGGCAGCAGUGCUGCAGGGAAUGGCGCACGGGAGGAUGGCGGAUGGGAGCAUGGUGAUUGGGGGUGGGGCAGCAGGGGAUGGUGAGAGGGAGAGUGUGAGGGGGGCAUGUGAGCACAUGGCGUUGACAGUUGCAUGUGUCACAUUCCAACACGCCAAGGCAGCUGUGGGCGAGGGGCGUGGUGGGUUGCCGUGGGUGGCCCCACAGCCACUGCCGCAGGCACUGCAGCACAGCACUUCACGUGGGGGGGCGAACGUGUGUGCGCAUGGGGCGCUCACAGCGCUGGUGGAGGCGGCCCUGCACGCGCUGCUCACACGGGCCACACGCCAAGCAGAGCACACAGCUAUCGCGGCACUGGAAGCUGCCGUGCACCUGCCCUGCCUGCACAUCUGGCCAAGCCCUGUGGCGUGCCACGCACCGUGCUCGCACGUGGCGCGUGUGUGCCCUGCAGCCCUUGAGCGGCGCGUCAUUCACUCGUGCGUGCACCACCCCUCGUGGCGCCGUGGCAACCUGCUCUCGCUGCUCCUCGCUGCUCACGCACGCCCUGAGGAGCGCACAGGGAGCAGCAGGGUGGCGGGCGAGGUGGUGCAGGCUGUGGCUGAGUGGAUGGGUGGCGAGGAGAGGCAGUGGUCGGGCGCACGCUCAGCGAAGGGUGUGAGGGGCAGGGCGGAUGCAGGAGGUGGUGUGGGGCAUGCGUGGUGGCAGGAUGGGGACGGGUGGAUACGCAUGCUCAUGCUGCUGCCUGCAGUGGCUGUUGCUGUGGGCGAGGAGGGCGAGGGUGGAGGGGCAGCAGGUACGAGUAUGGUGGCGUGCACGUACAGAGACAUGCUCCUCGCCCUGCUUUCUCCCUGCACCCCGCCCUAUACCGCCGCAAUCACCCCUCCCUGCCACCUUCCCCUCUCCCAUCUUCCUCCUCACAUCCUUCCCUCCUUGCUAUCGUACGUCCCCGCUCUUCUCCACUCGCUGCUGCUCGCUCAUCCCCUCCCCCGCUUGCGCCUCGCCUCGCUCGUCCACGUGGUGGUGCCACACGAGCAGCAAGAGGGCGGUAUGCAGGGGGGAGGCAAGGGCGCACGUGGAAAAGGGAGGGGCAGUGGGAACGGCAGGGGGGAGGUGGAGGACAGUAGAGGAGGGGUGAUUGGAGGUGGGGGGUGGCGCGUGCAGGGGGGCUGUGUGACGGCUGACUCGCUGCUGCAGGUGGCACUGGCGUCCCGGCUGGCCUGCACCGGCCCCGUGCCCACGGCGCCCUGCAGCACUGGUAGCGCUGCUGGUGCUGGCAGUGCCGGCGCUGGCAGCUGCAGUGGGGAGAGGGAGAGCACGAGAAGGGUUUGGGGAACACCUGCUGCACAGAUGAGGGUUUUGGCUGCCCUUUUGAAUCUUCUUGGAAGCAUCUUCCCUCUCGCACCAGAGGCACAAGUGGCUGUGGUGACGGGCAGUGGUGGUGGCAGUGGGUGCGGGCAAAGAAAGCGUGUGGGGGGAGAAGGUGAGAGGGCAGUGGGUGGUGGGCGGGUGACAAUGGCAGCGAGAGAGCUUCAGCAGGUGGCUGCCGUGCACGUGGCUCGUGUGGCCACGCACCUGGCACGUGCACUCACUGCUGCUCCACCUGCUCCCGUGUCGCCACACCCGCCACCAUCUCCCACCGCCCCGCUCGUCCCCCUGCCUCUGCUGCAGCACGGCCUGGCCUCGCUGCGCCUUGCAGCCGUGGCGUGCCUCAAGCACCGCUUCGCCCACCCUCUCGCCUUCCACUCCCUCACCCUCGCCUGCCGUGCCCUGCUCGCCGCCGCCACUGCCCCCUCCGUGCACCCACCGAAGCAUCCCGUGCCAGCAGCACCGCCACCGUCACAAUCGCCGUCACAAGCCGCGGCAGCAGCGGUGUCCAGCGUGGGGUGCGCCCUCUUGGACCUCCUCCUCGCGCACUCUCGCACUCUGCCUCUCCUCCUCUCCCCCUCCGCUGGCCCCUCCGCCGCCCCCCUGCCUGCAGCGCUGGCCCACCAACUGCACAAGGACAGCAGCAGAGCUGUAUCGCUCCCGUCGCCCCUCUCCCUCAUCCCCUCUCCCCUCCUCCCCGAUCUCCCCCUCAUUGCCGCAUCCUGCCCGCCCUCUUCUGCUCGCAGUCCUCCCGGGGCAGCGUGGCAGGUGCAAGAGGGGCAGCGAGAUGCAGACAGGGAGGAGUUGGGGGAGGAAGCAGAGAUGGGGGCAGGCGUUGAGGUGAAGGUGCGGGCCAGUGAGCUCCUGCACUCGUGCCUUCACUCCCCCAUGCUCUGGCCGCUCGCACUGCCAUGCGAGGCACCAAACCAUGCAACGAGGGAGGGAAGAGAGGGUGGAGAGGGGGAGAGGGCUGACGGGGAGGCAGGAAAGCGAAGGAAGAGGACGAGGGGAAAGGGAGGAUCAGAGGGGGAUGAGGAGGGCGAGUGUGCAGGUGAGGGCGCAGCGCGGUUGGAAUUGCUGCGGCUGAUGACUGUCUUCUUGCGAAUGAGGCUAUGCCACGUGUCUGGCCGUGUGUGCUCCUCGGCGUGUCGCCGUGCCAUGCAGUCGCUCUUUGCGCUGCUGCUCGCCCUCUACGGCGCCACCCUCAGCCCCACCGACCGCGCGCUGCUCGCCCUCAUGCACCUCCUCACACGCCUUGCACGCCGCGACAUGCCACGUGCGGCAGCCCACAUCGAGGGGGGGGAACAGCAAGCUGCGCAGGCAGCAAGGGAUGCUGAUGGGGUGAGCGCGGUGGGUGCAGAGGAGUUCCUGGGUUUUGAGUGGUUUGACUAUCUUUGGGGCCAGGGGGCCGCAUCACGCUGGGAGUGGCAGCAGGGGAGGGGACGAGCACCAGCACAGGCAGGGGGUGAGGGCCAGGCAGAACGUGCUGCACAAGAUGGCAGGGAGAUGGGGGUAGCGAGGGGGAAGGAGGUGGGUGGGAAUGGUGAUGGUGUGUUUGAGGGGCGCGAGCAGCGGCAGUGGCGGUUCUGGUGGGAGGAGGCGGCGGUGGACGCCACGCGCUGUGGGCUGCUCGUGCUCGCCUUCCCUGCCCUCCGCCACGCACACCUGGGGGGGGAUGCAGGCGAGCAGGGGCGAGAUGGAGAGGGAGGGGGAGUGGAGGACGUGGAGCAGGAGAGCGAGGGGGUGAGUGAGUGGAUGGGGCACGGGGGCACGCGCAUGUGCAUGUGCAGUGCGAGCUGCAGGGGAGGCCAGGGUGACCCUUGUGUGCGGCAGCAGGCUGGGAAGGGCCACCCCCUGCGCGGGUCAGCAGCAGCUCAGGACGUGGCGGUGCAGCAGGCCGCCUACGACCCCGCCUUCCUGCUCCCCUUCACCCUGCACGCCCUCUCCCGCCGCCUCCUCUCCCCCCGCAUGGCUGCCCGCUCCGGCCUCGUGGCGGCUGCCAUUGCCAGCCUGGCGUCGGCGCAGCACAGCAUGCGGCGCCUGGGCUACGCCACCCUCGCACUCUUCGCCGCUCUGCUCGAGGAGCAGGAGGAGGGGUGGAGGGAGCAGCACGCCGUGCAGCACGUGGUGCGCUGUGUGCGGGCCACCGUCACCACCACGUGGCAGCGCCUGCCGCGCCUCUCUGUGCUCUUCAUGGCGGAAAUGCUCCAAGUCAUGCACCUGGGGGGAGCCUCUCCUCUCUUUCCUCUCCUCUCCCAAUCGCUUCUCUCCCAACCAUCCUUCAACCCCACGACCGUGCCAUUGCUGCUGCCGUGCCUCAUGAGCGGCUCGCCCCACCACCGCGCCCAGCGCACGUGGCUGCUGCACCUCCUGGCCGCCCUCGCCCUCCCACCCUUCCAUGCCUCCUCUGCAGCCUCCGCCCCUUUGAUACUUCCCCUUGCCCCACAACCGGCUGCUGGAGGGGAAGGGCAAGAGAUGGGUGGUGGCAGGGGGGACGGUGACAAGGUCGGCAAUGGGGAUGGGGGCAGUGGCAACGCAGACGAAGGACACGAGGCUGGCAGUUUUGAGGGGGAUGCUGUUCUGCGGCGCCGCUUUGUUGUGGAGCUUCUGGGAAGUUUCUUCGCGUGUGGGGUGAGCGAUGUGUUCACCUGCAAGCUGAUUCUGCAGGUGCUGCGGCGCGUGUGCUGCCUGCCGUCGUACGCGGGCCACCUGGUGCGGCAAGGCGGGCUGCUGCUGUGGCUCACAGCCGUUGUGCUCUCUGCCUCGCACAGCCUCCACCGUGCCCACGCCCACACCGCCCACCUCGCUCUCCUGCUGCCUACCACUCCACGCGCACUGCAGCUCGCUGGAUCCCCUGCAGCCACAGCAGGAGCACCUGCUGCAGGGCGGGCAGAGGGGAGGCAGUCAGAAGUUGAUGUUCUAGCGCUCGCGGUGGAGGUGCUGCAUGGGCUGCUCUCAUGCCCAUGCAUGCAUGCAGCACUGCUCUCACAUGCCACCUCAACUUCCCAUCACCUCCUCCUCCUCACCUGUGCAUUGGAACGUGCGUUACACACAGUGUCUCACAGCACCCAGCCCCUCUCGCCCUCUUCCCUUGGGCUCGCAAGGCUCACCCAUGCUGCCCUGGUGCAGCUGAUUGCGGUGUUGCCAGAAUUCAGAAAGCACUUAGGGAAAUAG